CAAGCUUAAGACCCAAAUACAUUUUCUGAAAUCAUUUCAGUUCUGGCAAUCGAAAAACCCACACAAAAUGUGGAAGUGGAUGGUUAAUAUUAUAUUAUUAUCCGUGGUGCAGGCCAACGAAAAAGUAGAUGGACAAAUACCACCGACAGCCACACCCCAAAAAAUAUUUCUGCCGUAUCCGUGUUAUAGUCCAGUUUCAAACUACAUACCCCAACAUUCCCAGAAUUAUCCAAACCCGGGAUUCCUUUGUUAUCCACAAAAUGAAUUUAGUAAAUACCUCUGGUAUCCACCGUGGGGCCAAUGGGUAUCACAAGUAUAUCCGACAGGAAAUGGGGUACCUGUCCCUUAUCCUGAACUUCAAACUCCGCCAGUUCAACUUCUUACACUACCCGCACCACCUACGUUUCCGAUUCCUUUCCACCAAUAUCCAGGUUGGAGUUCUCCUGGAGCUUCGAUUCCUUCCUAUCCACAUCCAGGACUACAACAGCCACCAGGCUCAAGUCCACCGCAAGGUUGGGGUUCCGCACAACAUCCAGGAAUUCAAGGACCACCUGGCUCCAGUCCAUUGGGACCACCAUAUCCUCUCAACCAAUCUCCAGGAUCAUCUGCAACGCCAGGUUGGAUUCAACCCGGAUCACCUUUUCCUCCCUCUCCACUAUCAGGACAACCGGGAACAUCGGAUUUGAAUACAUGGGGGUCUGAGAAUCGUGCCGUCCAUCCUCCGGCGCAUCCCGUACCACCAGGUUGGAGUUCACCUGGAUCUUCGAUUUCUUCCCGCCAACAUCCAGCAUUACAAGGAACACCAUUGGGAACUCUUGGACCCGCCCUCCUUGGCCAACGUCCAGGAUCUGUAUCUGUGAAUUCUACCCUUCAGUCCAUACCACCGAGUUGGAAUUGGUCGGGAUCUUUAGGUGCUCCUGUCCAGCCUCCAGAAUUUCCGCCCCAACAAACUUGGAGUCCAUCGGGACCUAAUUCUCCCCUUCAGCCUCCAGGAUGGCCCAUACAACCUCCAAGAUUACCGGCACAACCAAGCUGGAAUGUAGGCUGGCGAGCACCUGUAAAUGGAAAUAAUCCAAAAUCGGAUCAUAAGAAUGCCACCAAUGAAAAACCAAAAUAAACAAAUGGCAAUAUAACAUUUUGGUAAAAAAUGUAAUUGACAUUCGAAAAGUCUGGCAGCAAGCUGUAUUUUUGUCAUUCAUAAUAACUAUAUAUAACUAUAACUAAUAAAACCUGCAAAUUAAAAAAACUA